CGCGGCCUCCAUCCGCCCAUUGAGGCGCCUUCAGUCUGAAGAAGGGUCUCGACCCGAGCCAUCAUUCUCCCGCCCACCCCUCCACACCACAGAUGCUGCCCGUCCGGCUGAGUUACUACAGCACUUUGUGUCCAGUCGUGGUUUUUUUUAAGAUAGAGAUCUAGGAUCUCCAGUUAAUAUCAGGAGGAUCUUCUACACAAAGUUGCACAGCGCCCGGGAGGGAGGUAGUCCUGACUUUUAAUGGUACUCUGGAAUGUUCUAACUAACACCUCAGUGAAACCUCCCUCAGCCCCGUUUGGAGCCAGCCUUUCCUGCGAACUUUGGUUUAUUGGCCGUGACGGUCUUCCCCACUAACGAUGUCGCUCUCCGCUGACGUGGGCUUGGACUUGGUGAAGAGUAAAAUCAAACGUCUCACCGACUUCCUGGACUUUUACCUCAAAAUAGCGAACGCGCACACUGUUGAUUUUUACACCAAAGACGUUUGGAAUGAGCUUGUGGCUGUGACACCUGAAACCGUCAUCUCGGGUAUCCUCUACCCGCAGGCAGAAAACACAAGGGAAGGAAAAGGUGGCUCAGUAUGGGAUCAAUCUCAGAAGCUUAACAAUGUGGCUGCUUACAUGGGAAUUACUCGGGAUCACUCGUUACCAAACCUUGGAGUUUGCACACCAUUGGACAACCUGCAACAGGAAUUGUGGGGAGAUAAACAAAAAGAAAUGUUUCUGAAAACCAGCACAUUUAUGAAUACAAAGAAGUCCCAUGAGGUUGAAGUGAUGUCUGAAAUUGUUGCAUGUUUUGCCAAAUAUUGCAAUAUCCAACAGGUGAUUGAUGUCGGAUCAGGAAAGGGAUAUCUGAGUUCUUACUUGUCCAUGCAAUACGGGCUCAGUGUAUAUGGCAUUGAUUCAUCCACCACUAACACAAUUGGGGCAAAUGAGAGGAACAGAAAAUUAGAAAGAUACUGGAAAGUUUAUCAGCGCCAAACAAAGCCUCCGACACAAAUUUCUGAACCGGAGCAUCCAAAAGAAGAGCAAAUGCACAAUGUGGAAAAUGUUACCGAAAUCAAGGAACAGGUUGGCCUUGUUGGGGAACAGGCGAAGAGAACUGAAACCCUGAGGGGGCAUGGGCAAUCACUUAUACAGACCCCUAUUUCUACUACUUUUGGAGACUCAGAAAUAUAUAACAAAAACAAUGGCGAAACAUCUGCUGAGACUUUCAGAUCAGACGAAUAUUACGGCUCUGAGAAUGCGUUUCUGGAAUUUCUUUCCACUGAUGCUGUGGAAGUGGCUUCACAAGAGAGGCAAAAUAAAUAUCUGGAUGAUAAGGAAAAAGAGAGACGGAAAAAUGCAGGCUUGGAGGCCAAAGCAAAACGAAUAAAAGAGGCCAAUCUGUAUUCUCCAAUAACACUGCAUGUUACUUCCACAACAGAACUCCAUGACAUCGCUUCUGAUGUAAAGGAUUCUAUGGUGGUCGGUCUGCACACCUGUGGUGACCUUGCCUCAAGUACUUUACGCAUCUUCAUUACUAAACCAGAGAUCAAAGCUGUUUGUAGUGUGGGCUGCUGCUACCACCUGCUCUCGGAAGAGUUUGAAUUAUUGGAUAACAAGGAAGUAAGCAGUCAAGGACCAUGGGGAUUUCCUAUGAGCCAGUACUUGAGAAGCUGUGCCUGGCAUUGUGGACGGAAUGCCAGAAUGUCUGCAUGUCUGCCAUUUGAAAGAGUGACAUUUGGCCAUGCGCAACUUCCACUGGAAUCCUUAUUUUAUCGUGCUGUUCUGCAAGUUAUUAUUAAAGAACACUUUGGAAAUGAAGAGACAUCCAACACAGUACAACGAACAAAGGUCAAACAUGUUGGCAAGAUCUAUUUUAAAUCUUCGUCCUUUGUGGAUUACACAAGAAAAGCAACAGAAAAGCUGGGCAUGGAUAGCUCGAAGAUGUCAGCCAAUUUAAUACAAGGUUAUUAUGACAGAUACAUGCCCCGAAUGAAAGAGUUGGAAGCAUUUAACCUGCUGAAAGUAGCCUUAGCCCCUUGCAUAGAAGGCUUAAUACUUUUGGAUCGGCUUUGUUACCUCAAGGAACAGCAAAACGUGGCAUGGUCAGCAUUAGUCCAGCUCUUUGAUCCUGUGAAGUCCCCAAGAUGUUAUGCGAUAAUUGGUAUGAAGAAGUAGUCCAGUGCUCCAGUGUUUUGCUGUAUAAUUAAGAUCUUUUGAUCCUGUGCUUUUUCACUUUUCUAUUUCUGUACUAUUUAAACUCAUGCUUUUAACAUUCCUAAGCUUACUAAUUUUACUUGGCAUUCCUUAAACUGUUGAUUACAUUUUUCCUUUCGCUGGAAAACGUAUGACAAUUGAAUAAACAGACGAAGCACGUUUCAGUGGCAAAGUCAUUACAACAUGUUACAUUUCUUGGGAAGACUUCCACAAAUAUAGCGCAAAUGUAUUAAAAAAUGAUAGAUUUUGGGGGUAAAAAAUAAAGAUUUUUUUUAAUUGCA